AUGGUCAUGUAUUCUUCCAGUAAAUCGGCAGAUACAAAGGUGUAAGUGUUGUUUUGAACCAACUAUGACUUUGUUAAUUGAAAUGACUAAUUAUUUUAAGCGCAGAUGGCGUAUGUCUGUUUGGAAACGAAGAUACUGACGUCCACUUUAAUCCAGAGGAUUUCUCGAGUGAUUCCAGAGAUUCCCCAUUCCACUCUUUCAUCAAAAGUAAUCAAAAUCAUCAAAUUCAAGGAGAAAUGUAAAGUUUUUUUAUUGCGCACUUUUAUAAAAAGAAAAUUAUUUUUAGGAAUCGAAUACGGUAUGUUUCAAUGAGCGUCGACAUGGCACUUUUUUAUAUAUUUUUACAGUUCCAAGGUGGAUCAAAUUGUGCUGAAAAAUUACAGUACUUACGACGCCAUUUCUACAAAGUCGAUGGCUUUUUGUCGACAUUUACUCUCAACCAUAGAUCAAUAA